GAUAGCUGUGGAUGUUUCCAAGGAUUGUCUUCAGUCAUGGCCUUGGGAUUAAAGUGCUCCCGCAUGGUCCACCCUGCCUUUCGCAAUUAUCUUGCAGCCUCUAUCAGACCCGUUUUAGAAGUUGCACUGAAGACAGUGCAUGAAAGACAACACGGCCGUAGGCAAUACAUGGCCUAUUCAGCUGUACCAGUCCACCAUUUUGCUACCAAGAAAGCCAAAGCCAAAGGGAAAGGAAAGUCCCAAACCAGAGUGAAUAUUAGUGCUGCCUUUGUUGAGGAUAUAAUCAACUUGGAAGAGGUGAAUGAAGAAAUGAAGUCUGUGAUAGAAGCACUCAAGGAUAAUUUCAAUAAGACUCUCAAUAUAAGGACCUCACCAGGAUCCCUUGACAAGAUUGCUGUGGUAACUGCUGAUGGGAAACUUGCUUUAAACCAGAUUAGCCAGAUCUCCAUGAAGUCGCCACAGCUGAUUUUGGUGAAUAUGGCCAGCUUCCCAGAGUGUACAGCUGCAGCUAUCAAGGCUAUAAGAGAAAGUGGAAUGAAUCUGAAUCCAGAAGUGGAAGGGGCACUAAUUCGGGUACCCAUUCCCCAAGUAAUCAGAGAGCACAGAGAAAUGCUGGUGAAACUGGCCAAACAGAACACCAACAAGGCCAAAUACUCUUUAUGGAAGGUUUGUACCAAUGCAAUGAACAAGCUGAAGAAAUCCAAGGAUACAGUCUCGGAGGAUACCAUUAGGCUAACAGAGAAACAGAUCAGCCAAAUGGCCGAUGACACAGUGGCAGAAUUGGACAGGCAUCUGGCAGUGAAGACCAAAGAACUCCUUGGAUGA